AUGUAUAAAAUAUUAAAAGAAUCACAGGACCAGCCGUUUAUCCGUAAAGCUUGCAAAGAUGGAAAACUUUCAUUGGCUUGCGGAUUGAGUGCGGGCAUGCAAUGUUUGAAAGCACUGGAGGAACUUCAUAAAGUGGGUUUCGUACAUCGUUCGGUAAAUCCGUCAACAUUCGCCAUCGGACGAGUAAUCAACGGUGACCCCAAAGAUCUAAGAAAUGUGUAUAUUCUUGACUUCGGAUUAGCUCAUCAGUAUCGAGACCCAGACGGUACUCAUAAACCACCGCGACUGAAACCGUCGAAAUACAUUGGUAAAGCAAGGUAUGCUCCAAGGAACGCGUACCUGAAUCGGGAACUAAGCCGCAUGGAUGAUCUGGAGAUGUGGUUAUAUGUUACUGUAGAGCUUGUCAAAGGAGCAGUACCAUGGGUCCACCAAAGAAACCCAAAGCACAUUUUCGACUAUCAGAAAUCUGUUAGAACAGGGCUGGGAUUGCGAGAGUUUCUUGGCGGAUUACCCGUGGAGUUCGUGGACAUCAUGAAGGAGGUAGAUAAGCUAUCCUACGCCGAUGAGCCGAAUUAUAACGAAAUAUACAACCUCAUAAGCAACGCUAUACAAAUGAGUGGGGAAAAGGAAUUCCCAUAUGACUGGGAAGAAGGCGAAAUUGAAGCUGAAAAAGCUGGCGAGGGGCCUACGGCACCGCUGAAGAGGGAUGAACCACAAACGCAAACAGGAGCGAAAUAG